GUAACGUACGGCCGCUAUCACACAAGAUCAAACCACGGCCGACUCCACACGUCAGCCAGCUACGGCAAUAUCCACGCACGUUUGGGUCCCGGCGUCUACGGCACCAGUGCGCCACGCCAUGCGACGGCAACCGCUUGUUUGGGUCGAUUCUGUUCUCUGCCACUAUCCGUCCGACCGACUUGCUCAGCGGUCAGCACCCACGCCCACGGAUCACCGUGUGUGACAACUCAGAAACCCAGAAGAAUGAAGAAUCCCAGCAAGCCCCAUCCGGGAAAUAUUUAUGUUAUCCCCACGUGACGGCCGGCCCUCGACCCCACGGCGCCCGCUCCCUCGUACUCGUUCUCGUCAACCCGCCGCAGGGACAUGAAAGACGACGACGACGACGGCGGCGCUGGCUCUGGCGCGCGCGGCCGCGUGCUCGAGUCGGAGCACGGCCUCCCCACGCGAGGGCCGGCCCACGAUCCCACGGCGCCCGUCCCCUUGUCCUCAUCCUCGUCAACCCAACGCAGGGACCGGCCGGCCCACGACCCCACGGCGCCCGCCCCCUCGUCCUCAUCCUCGUCAAUCCGCCGCAGGGACAUGAAAGACGACGACGACGGCGGCGCUGGCUCUGGCGCGUGCGGCCGCGUGCUCGAGUGGGAGCACGGCCUCCCCACGGCGGAGGAGCUGACGCCGGUCUCGCACCCGCUCAUCCCUCCGGCGCUCGCUGCCGCGUUCGGCAUUGACGUCCCGCGCACCGCCUUCCCCUCAUCCGCCUUCGACUCCCCUGCCCUCGCGCGCAAGCCCCCCAAUACUCGCCUGUCCUUGGGCUGCUACGGCGAGGACGAUGAUGAGAAGGAGGAAGAGGGGAAGAGCGAGGUCGCCGCCUACACAACCGGCGCGUGCGGAGGCGGGAAGAGCGAGGACGCCGCAUCCGCAUCCGGCGCGUGCAGAGGCGGGAGGGCUGAGAAGAAGGCGAGGAUAGCGUGGACGCCGGAGCUGCACAACCGGUUCGUCGCGGCGGUGGAGCACCUCGGCGACAAGGGCGCCGUGCCCAAGGCCAUCGUGCGCCUGAUGAACGUCGAGGGCCUCACCCGCGAAAACGUCGCCAGCCACCUCCAGAAGUACCGCAUCUACCUCAAGCAACAAGCGCGCAGCCCCGCAGGGCCGCAGCCUCCUCCGGCAUACAGUCCCUCCGACUCCAGGCCCCAACAACCCUCUGACACCUCCACCCGGAGCACCUGCGACAUCGAGAAGCUGGAACGCGACAAAGAAGCUAGAAAAGACAAAUGAUAGCUUUAGCAUUAAAGCUUACCCGAAGCACCUCGUGACAUCUAAAGCGGAUGACAAGAAAACUGAGGAGGAGGGUUCAAGUGACGUGUUCGACAAGCCUUCAAGAAGAAAAGACACAAGACAGCAACGCCGUCAACAACCUCGAUAUAUCUGUGUAUAGGAUUUGAGAACUUAAAUGUAGUUCCGUACGAAGUUGUUCGUCGCGUUGCCUAUGCAUGGGGACGACCUUUUUACUGUUCCCAGGUGCACUCACACUUGGAUCGCUCAGCAUUUGAAGUUGUAAAGAAUACGUACUUUCGAACCACAUUCAAACAUUACGAAGGUAUCUUUGUAAAGAGAACGGGAAAAAAAUAUGUGAAUCAGGUAGCAGUUAGCUUU